AAAUAUGUUGAGCUGCCACUCUCUGAAAAACUUUUCACAUUCCGAGAAAUCUCGAUUUUGAUUUAGCUUAGAUUUAUCAGUCAAAUUGAAACUAAUGCUAGACUCUAAUAGAACAAUACAAAUUUGUGAUCAAAAUAUCGGAAAACUGCGUCCGUUGGAUAAAUUUCAUAGUCAGAACGACCACAACAAUCUGUUGAAAGCUAUUCAUUAACACAGCCCCAAGAUGUCCGACCGCAAGGCAGUCAUCAAGAAUGCGGAUAUGAGCGAGGAGAUGCAGCAGGACGCUGUGGACUGUGCUACCCAGGCAUUGGAGAAGUACAACAUCGAGAAGGACAUUGCUGCCUACAUCAAGAAGGAGUUCGACAAGAAGUACAAUCCCACCUGGCACUGCAUCGUGGGUCGCAACUUCGGCUCCUAUGUGACCCAUGAGACGCGUCACUUCAUCUACUUCUAUUUGGGCCAAGUGGCCAUCUUGCUCUUCAAGAGCGGCUAGAACCCAGUAGAGCCAGUCAAAAUAUAGCACACUUACCUAAUUGUUAUUGAAGCUAAGCACACACACACACAUAUACACAAAAAGAACUUAUAAAUGGCACACCUUUGACAUUGUCUUGCAACACUUAAUGAAACACACGGAUCUAUGGAGUGGCAAACGCUAUAUUGUAUAUCGCAUCAAUUCACCUAACACUAAGAAUGGUUUAUUUUAAUUUACACGAUUUGACGAUGAUGACUCACACAGCGUUCAAUAUGCAUUAAAACAACUACAUCAGCAA